AUGGACAUACAACAACAACAACAACAGCAACCCUCCCCCUCCUCCCUCUCCCCCCUCCUCCCCAUCCUCAACGCCUUCAACCACCGCCACCACAACCAGCACCGCCUCGCCCACUGGUGGCCCGUCUUCCGCAUCCUGCGCCGCACCCUCCGCGCCCUCGUCCACGACCUCUCUGCCUCCUCUACUUCAACACCAUCAUCAUCUCGCCCUUUUCGUCGCGAGGCUGCUGCUGCCGCUGCUGCGUCGCCUUCACCUCCUCCUCCUCCGCGCGCAAUCUGGCUCAGCAAGCACUUUAUCCCCAGAGCAUACAUCGCAUUCUCCCAACUCGCCGCCGACAACCAACACGCCCCCCUAGGCCUCCUCCUCCUCGCCAUCCUCGCCCGCGUCCACGCCGUCCUCGCCCAGCUCCUCGACCACACAACAGCAACAACUUCCACCUCCACCUCCACCACUCCCUCAACAACGACAGCAAAACCGCUCUCCAGCUCAUACAAUCGCUCCAUUGACGCAGCAGCAGCAGCAGCAGCAAACCAAGACAAAGGCAUCGCCAUAUCCCGCGACGCACAUCAUUCUCGGCCGGUGAUACAGUCAACAGAGCGUCUACGAACAGUACACCAACAACAACAACAACAACAACAACAACAACAACAGACAGCCAGCAGUAGCAGCACACGGCAUUCUUCAGAUGAGCCGCCGCGCGGCGAGGUCGCGCACGAGCCAGAGGCCAUGACGGCAAAGCCUUCCAGGACGAAAUCAAAGGAAGCCUCAUUGAAAGACGACAAGAAGAAGAAGAAGAAGAAGAGGGGGAAAGGAGACGAACUGUCAAGCCUCUUUGGGUCAUUGGCAUAA